AUACGCAACGAGAUGCUUUCACAGCAAAGACAAGCUGACUGGCUGUUUACAAAACUGAAUGAGGUUAUGAUAGAAGAGUGUUACCGUUAUAGAAAGAACGAACAGCCGCAGCGAGAUUCUCUCGUUGAUGCGAAGCAAUGGGAGCAAUUCGUCAAUACGGCACAAUCUAAGAUUAGAACGAGUAAGCAGUGUCUCGCUCCGCUUGUUAAGACAGCCCAAUAUUGGGGCAUGAAUAAGGUUCAACACUACGAGUGGGCUUCGAUGGGACUCAAGUACUGCGAUGUACUUGCAGCUGCUGCUUCUCGAAAUCCUAUCUGGGAAGACGCCCGGGUUAAGCUUAACCAGCUACUUUUGAGAAGGAUUACAGAAGGGCGUUUUCUAAGAAAGACAUCGAACCCUUUCUACCUAGUCGACCUGGAGCACCUUAUUGCUUGGACAGGCAAAACCGACUUUGAAAGGAAAGGCCGCAGAGCAUACACUUUAAAGUAUGAGACAAUUGCCCAAUCUGAUCUGCCAGUUGACUAUGUACUUGACCGGUUCGGUAUCAUU